CCAGAAACGAAAGUUUAGCGGGUGAAACUUCCCAUUUCUAACAUACGAAUGAAUUAAACUUCAGCGGUAGCGGACUGAACAGGACCUGGUUCGUGCUAGUUAUACUUAAACCGAUGACGGAGCGAAACGCCCUGGAAGUCGAAGAAUCUGUGAAAUACUUUAAAUAAAGUACCCUGCGACCGGCGAUCGAGGCGUAUUUAUUCUCCGGAAAUUAAAGUUAUGGAACCGGAAUGUUUCGCAUUACGCCAUCUGAUGAGUCCGAGACGGAAUAAGACAGAUCUCGAAGAAGAAGAGGGCAAAAAUGGUCAGAAGGAAAACUACGUGGAGAGCAAGGGGGCCUCUUCCCACAAGUGUGAUCACACGUCCUCCGUGCUCUGUGGGAAGAAGGGCCUGGGCCCAGACCAGCUGCAGAUUACCCCUAGCAAGCCCGAGGAGGGUGUCAUCUCGGACCCCCUGACACCCACCGCCAACCUUAAGCUGCUCAUCAACGCUGCCAGCCCAGAUAUCCGGGUCCGGGAAAUGAAGAAGAUACUUUUCCGUCCUAUUGAGAAUGAGAAUGUUGGUGCGGUCUUGGACAAUCACAGCCAGCUUGAUGCGAGGGAUGAUGCCGCAAUGGGCGAGUUUGACCAGAAGCCCAGCCGGAAGCAAAAGAGCCUCAGUCUCCUGUGCCAGAAGUUUCUGGCGCUCUAUCCCAUCAACCCGGGACCUUCUGAGACCAUCAGCAUCUCUCUGGAUGAGGUGUCCACUAAUCUGGGGGUGGAACGGCGGCGGAUCUACGACAUCGUGAACGUGCUGGAGUCGCUGAAGCUGGUCAGCCGCGUGGCCAAGAACCAGUACGUGUGGCACGGACGCCGGCAGCUGGAGUGCACGCUCGGGGAGCUGCACGCGCUCGGCCAGCGGCAGCGUUACCACCUACAGGUCGAUCGCCAGCCGGGUCCGGCCGCACGAGCCGAGGAGCCCCCGGAGAGCGGCGAGGAGGGAGGGGAUGAAGACGUCGGCUUGGGUCUGCCCGGCACGAGGAAGAACAAGUCGCUGCGCAUCAUGAGCCAGAAGUUUGUCAUGCUCUUCCUGGUGUCCAAGACGCGGGUCAUCACCCUGGAUCUGGCCGCCAAGAUCCUCAUCGAGGAGUGCCAGGACGUCGCCAGCCACAGCAAGUACAAGACCAAGGUUCGACGGCUGUAUGACAUCGCCAACGUGCUGACCAGCCUCAACCUCAUCGCUAAGGUCCACGUGAGAGAGGAACGGGGACGCAAGCCAGCUUUCAAAUGGAUCGGUCCUACCGCUUUCCUGUCUGACGGAGAUUUGGAUUCUGUAGCUGGACUCUCUCUCCCAGAAUUCCAUAGGGCCCCUGGGCAGACAUCACUGGGGGCGUGGCCGAAGCCAAUGUGCCAUGUCCCCUUUGGCAUGGUGCCCAUCCCUGCUCAGCAGAGUCUCAGCUCAGUGCCCAGCAGCCCAGCCAGGGAAGAUAUAGGUUUGAUGCGGGGGAGGCCAGGUGGCACCAGGACGGCAGGGGAUGAUGCCGCGGCGUGCUGGGUGCCGGCCGGAGACGAGAAGAGGAAGCAGCCCGGCUUCGGCCCAAAGUGUGGGGCCCAUGUUUCCGAGGCUGGGCCAGCUCAUCCAGAACCGCCCAGAGGAUUCAUCCCCCUUCCGCGCUUCUACUCCAGCACCGGCCAGCCCAGUGCCUCCCCCUCGUCCUUGUCACCGACCCCGCAGAUGGAGCCAGGUGAGGCGCGCCCUCCGGCGGCCUUGCCUCAUCUCCGAGGCCUGUCCCAGGCACCCUUGGUAAUGCUGUGCAGGGGCCCCACCCCUACUGAGAUAGGGGCCCGGGGCCCCGGGUCACCGGCCAGAGAUGGCGUCCUGGGGAAGCGUAGGGUGGAUGACGCCGAGAGACGGAUGCCCAAAAGGGACAGAAAGAACGAGGCAGAGGCUUCCAAAGAGGAUGACCGGGACCAGGCAGUACGGGAGAACCCCUCAGAGGGUUACGGUCCAAAGCCCCCGACCGUGUGCCCAGUCCUCCAGUCCCAGGGGGAGACGUGGUCCCCAUCCAGGACUCUGCCCUCGCACUACCUCUACGUGCCCAACUCUGCAGGUCUUAACGGCCUGAACUUGCUGCUCUCUUCCGGGCACAUGUCCGGCUCGCUGGCACUCGCCCCGAACGCAGUUUCGGCCAUGGCUGUGCCCUGCGUUCUGCUGCCCUCCCCUGCCCUCCCCCUCAUUGCUAGCGGCAGGUUUGGCAUGCCAGCUGUGGUGUCCCCAGCCCACAUGGUGCUUGGCGGGCACACGGUCACCUCCCCGGAGUCUGGCCGGUCCCCGACAGUGCCCUCCAGUCCAGUGCAGAUGCCGAAUGGGAGCAGGGUCCAGCCUCAUACUCCAAAGGAGGUAGGUCCGGCUGUCUCGCAAGCCUUCUUCCAAACACCAGGGACUCUGGGCUGCACGGAAUCCAGAAGCUCACCCCGGCGGGUCUCUGCCCAGAGGAGGCUGGACAUUGGACAACCGACCAAUUAGUAUCUUCCUCAUAAUGGGCGGGGCCAACUUUAAUUUCACCUCAGGGGUGCUGCUUCAUCCAGCGAUGGCAUUACCAGUUACAGGUGUGUGUGUGUGUGUGUGUGUGUGUGUGUGUGUGUGUGUGUGUAAAUAUAUAAUUAUUUUUUAGCUAAAGCUGAUUCAUCAGUGUUUCCUGAAAGCAUGUAACUUAACUACGUUGAAGGUAAUGUAAGGUGUUUUUUUUUUUUUUUCACUGUAUUUAAUGUCAGGAGAAUGUUGGCCUGAUGGUUUUCCAGCGUGUCUCCAUUUCUGCAAAAUUUGUUGCACUGCUCUCUGCUGGUGGGAGGAGGAUAAAGGUCAAUUGUUUUCUUGUUAAAUUAUUCAAAUGUGAUUGUAUCUAUUGUAGGUCAUUCUGGGUUGUUUUAUAUUUUAAAGUAGCAUAUAUUUUGAGCCAUCUUUUUAUUACAGAUAUAUUUCUGAAUUUCAUUCGGUGCUUUUAAAGUGGGCUCAGCCUUCAUCUGGACUGGCUGGUCUGUCUUUUUCAAACCUCAAGGAUGACGAAAGGAAUAUUAAAUAAUAACUUGUAAUUUUUCCCCUUUUGGGUGCCCAUACCCAAGAAUAGGAACCACUAAGUCAUAGGAAGUAAGGAUAUUAGGUUAUUGUAGCUCUAGGGUAAAUGAGUGAAUGUACCUUAGGAAGGCGAUUAACACACUAUGUAGUGACAGGAAAUUUAUAUUUGUAGCAUGUUUUCCAAAAAAAAGUGUUUACUUGAAAAAAGAAACUUGUAUUCACAAAUUCUCCCCCAUCUGCAGGUAAUCUUAAGCUACCAGCAAAUUACUUUUGAAAUGUCCUGUUUGUAUUAUCACACUAUUAACAGUUCUCUGUUUUUAAUAUGACAUCAUAAUAAUGGCUAAGCUUCAUUAUACUGAAGCCUGCCUGAGUAUUUGGGCAUCCUGCUGCAUGCCACAGCUGGGAGAUGUAUAGGAUUGAGCUGGGAUUUGUAUGCACUACUAACAGUGGUGAGCAGAGUAUUUGCGACCCAGUAGCCAUGAGGUUAAAAUAAUAGGUGAAGCCCCCUACACUACUGAUGAAUGUAGCGCGUCUGAUAUUUGACGUGCACCUUUUUAGCACCUGGGUUCUGUGAAGCUAACUUAAAGCAAGUUUCACAGUGCACAGAUGGUUGCCCAGUAACUGUUGAAGACCAACGAGAAUAUCUAUGUACUGUAGCGCACAGAAGUAUGAGAUUUUUUUUUCAUUUUAAAUUGCUGAGUAGUGGAAAUGGAUUGUGUGUGAGACGCUUGGUGCUGAGGAGCAUUUACUCAUGGGGGGGGUGUACAUCAUGGGUAUAGUAUGUACUGUAUCCCAGAGCCUUAAUUCCUGUCCUUUUGAAAUGCUGGAUGUUUUGUUAAAUUAUUGCUGCUUUUAUUAUAUAAUUGCACUACCUGUUUCUGUAGUUUGUGCUUUGUAGUAUUUUUUUUUGUUUAGGUUUUUUUUUUUUUUUUUAAAGCCUUGCAUAGCUCCAGGAUCGCUCUCCUGUCUCUCAUGCUGCAGAAUGGAUCAGACUCUGCAUUCUUUCUAAAAUACUUUGUAAUAAAACACCACACUUUGGCAGUGUCAGUUUUGCAAGCAAAACGUAGAAUGUACCGUUUCGUUUUUCUCUUUCUUCCUUCCUCCCCAUCCCCUGCCGGCCGACAGUCUCUGACUCUGAGUUUUCUGAUUUUUUCCCCGGAUCAUCGUGGCAGGAGGGCUGAU